AUGCAUAUACAGGGCGCAGCCUUUAAAUUCGAGAUUAGUUUGGAAGAAUUUGGGCAUAGACGCAGAGGCUCAAUUACCAGCGACCAAUACGAACGCGGCCACGACUAUAUAUUCAUUGCCGGCGAGAUGCAUGAGCAUAAUGUGGUCAUUGCAACUCUUUUCGAGGGACGAGAAUACGGCACUGGCUCCGCUGCCGGCUUGGCCAGCCAAGUUAAAAGUUUCUUCCCGAAUCUCUGGUUCGGCCUAUUCGUUGGCGUAACGGCUGGGCUACCUAAUCUCACCAAAGCUCAACCGCUCGAUAUCCGUCUCAGCGGCGUUCUCGUUGCAGUCUCAGAUGGCGAUAAUCCUGGCCUCGUUGCGUACGAGCUGGGUCGGGAAACAGGCACUGAUGGAAUACAACUUAUACGCAAGGGCCAUCUCCCACCUAAUACAGAAGCCGCCGUUAUAUCCGCAAUCCGAUCUAUUAAGCUCCGUCUACGAAGAAACCCGCAACUGUUCCUACAAUAUUACGACAAAAUAAAACACGAAAAGCAUGAUUACGGUAAAUACAGCGAUCCCGGUCAAGAGCUGGACAAGCUCUACGAGCUGGGCGAUGGCGGUAUAGAACACCUGGUCUCACGGGAAAAACGACCGGACUUGGAGCGCACCCGGGUUUGGUACGGAUCAAUUGGUUCAGGAGAUAAGCUGAUAAAGGAUCGGCGGAAGCGAGACGAGUUGAGAGACAAGUUUGGUAUUAACGGCUUAGAGAUGGAAGCCGCUGGGACGAUGAAUCACAUACCAGUUGGUGUGAUUCGGGGAGUGUGUGACUACGCAGAUGAACACCAGAAUCAAGACUGGCAACCUUACGCUGCUGCUAUGGCUGCUGCGUAUGCUAAGGCGAUCCUGCUUGAGAUACUGCUAAAGCCCCAGAAAACAAUACAGGUAAUCUGCGGGAUAGUAAGUGAAAUUAUCGACUUAAUUUAUUUAAAGCUAACGUUACUCUAA